CGCGCGCGCGCGCACUCUACCACACACUCACACGUUUCUCAAAGCUGCGCUCCUCUCUACCUGUCCGCACUAACUCUUCUUUUUCACGACCUGAAGGGAUUCCCACAAAGAAACGGACAGAAUGUGUCGGACGAUCAUUUAAUCGAUCGCCAUCUCGACUAGAAAUGGACUAAAGAGCACUUUUUAGCGUGUUUUGCCUGGCAAAGAAGAUUUCCCAAAAGGACAUAGACAGCUAAAGACAUGGACUGGAAGACCUUCCAAGCCCUCCUAAGCGGGGUGAACAAGUACUCCACUGCAUUCGGCCGUGUUUGGCUCUCGGUGGUGUUUGUCUUCAGGGUGAUGGUGUACGUGGUGGCGGCUGAGAGGGUGUGGGGCGACGACCAGAAGGACUUUGACUGCAACACCAAGCAGCCCGGCUGCGCCAACGUCUGCUACGACUACUACUUCCCCAUCUCCCACAUCCGCCUGUGGGCGCUGCAGCUCAUCUUCAUCACCUGCCCAUCCUUCAUGGUGGUGAUGCACGUGGCGUACCGCAAAGAACGCGAGCGCAAGCACCAAGCCAAGCACGGCGAGGGCCCUAAGCUGUACAGCAACACGGGCCAGAAGCACGGCGGCUUGUGGUGGACGUACCUCAUAAGCCUUUUUGUCAAGACGGGUAUCGAAAUCGCCUUCCUUUAUAUCCUGCACCACAUCUACAACAGCUUCUACCUGCCCAGGCUGGUCAAGUGCGAGGUGUCGCCGUGCCCCAACACGGUGGACUGCUACAUCGGCCACCCCACCGAGAAGAAAGUCUUCACCUACUUCAUGGUGGGGGCCUCGGCGCUCUGCAUCAUCCUCAACAUCUGCGAGAUCAUUUACCUCAUCGCCAAGCGGCUCGUAAUGAUUCUGAACAAGCGCAAGAAGGGAAGACAGAACUUCCCCACGUGGCCACAAGACGAAGCCUUCAACAAUGGCGUCCGGCCUUCGUCCAAGAUGGACCUGGAGGACAAGCUUCCGCCCAAUAUGGACCUGGAGGACAAGCUUCCGCCCAAUAUGGACCUGGAGGACAAGCCGCCGUCGUUCAAUUCGGCAAACAAACCAGAGUACAGACUUUCCAAGCUGAAGCUGGACGACAAGCUCCGGUCUUCACUACCGAACUUGUCCAUUCCUUACUGAGCCGAGCAAAGCGGACGUUAAGAUGAAAACCACGAGCGGUGACGCAUUUUGCAGGCUUUGAAAACACACACAUUGUUUCUGUGUGUGUGUGGAAGCUGAGUCAUUGAGCACACACCUUAGGACUCUUUCUGAGCUUAUGAACUUUGGCUUGCAAGUAGCAAUCCACAACACACACCAGCUACAGCGGAUCGAUUUGACAUAGAUUCUUCUGGAACCUGCCUUUUGAACGUCACAAGCACACACACACACACAGUACAUGUCAUCAAGCUUCACGGUGAUGUGACCAUGAUGCCUGCAAGCAGGCCCCAGCUUACUGAGGAGUAGUUGUGAUUGUGGAAUGUGGACACACGACAAUGGCUGACAACCGUGCUUGAAAGUAUGCCAACUUGUUUUUCCAUACCAUAACUUGACCUAUAGAGGUGAUACAAGGCAUCCCCUUAAUGCAUUUCUUCAGUAAAGAACAUUCUAGCAUGCAGCCUCUCAUUAGCUGUUAGUUUCACAACCUGCCCACUGCUGAUUUAAAUCAUUAGAAAGGAAUGCUGCGGUUUCCAUCCCAGUCCUUCAUACAAUUAUGUGUAUUUGUUUAUUUUUAUACAUAUUAAAUUUAUUGAAAAAAAGACUCUGGUCUGCUUAUAGACGCCGCACUACUGUGACUCCAAACUCUUCCAGCAUCAAUCAGUAGAUGUGAUAACAGAAAAUGAUGUCACUUAAUGGCCGGAAAAUCAAGACCAGGUCUUUGGAAUUUUAAGUCAGAAGUAAGAAUCUCAGCUCGCUCGUCCGACAGGUUCUUACAGGGUGCGGCAGUAAGACUGUUAUCGUUCACUCUAAAUGAUUUCCUUCACAAACCGUAUAAAUGAUUGUUUGCAAAUCCUGACAUGGUGGAACAAAUAUGGAUAAGUUAGGCCGUGUGCUUGUCGCCUCAUGAAACAGUGUGGGAUGUAACGAUAUUAAAAUGUCAUUUCACGGUUAAUGAUGAAUGUGCUCAAAAAAUACUUUUACACACUAUAAAAACUUUUA